AUGGCGAGCCCCGUACAAAAGGUAUUCCAGUCUGCGUACCGGGUGUUUUCUAGAGUGACAGUAGGGUCAAGUGGUUUCAAUGAUCAUCUUCGUGAGGUCAUUGUAUUAGCUUCUAAAUUAACAGCAACAGAUGUAAACUUCAGUUUCCACGACGACCCGACAACCCAGCGAGAAGUCGAGGAAGGCGAUAGAGCGCCAGCAGUUUACGUCCACUUGUGGGAAGACCGUGUGCUGUCAAUGGGGAUAUUUGUUGUCCGACAGGGUUGCCGUAUUCCGCUCCACAACCACCCUAACAUGCACGGUGUCUGCAAGGUCAUACAGGGCACUGUGCGCGUUAAUAGUUUCUCGACCGUUUCCUCGGUUGGUCUCGAGAUGCCUAAAAACAUAAAACAAGACCUAAAAUCAUCGGUUUUGUCAUUGUUAAAGCAGGAACAAUCUCAGUUUACAACAGCGUCGAGACAUCAGAGCGUGACUCUGACAACAGACGAUCCAGCCUGUGUUUUGUCACCUUCAGUUGGGAACAUUCACGAAAUGAUAUCGGUGGAUGGUCCUGCUGCUUUUAUAGAUAUCUUGGCUCCUCCUUACGAUCACACGACCGGGGAAAGGAUAUGUCAGUAUUACAUGGACUGCUCAGAGGACACGCCCACCAGUUCCGAUAACCAGGUCCAUUGGCUACGUCGCAUUCCUGCUCCUCAUAGCUUUUGGUGUGACAGUAUGGAAUAUAAUGGCCCUCCUCUGAAGAUUCCAUGAUAAAAAGACCUGUCGAUAUAUAUAUAUAUAUCGGUCCCAAAGACAGUACUUCAAUGUUCUAGUACUAGAGACUAUAUUCUAUACCUCCAUACUAUCACUUUGGCUAUUGCAAGUCAUUGACAUUGUAGAUUUUGAAAUUACAGGAGAAUACCUCAUUUGAUUACACUCUUUUCAAUGCAUUAUGAAUAGUAAGACAAUUCAGUAUAAUAGAUUUGAUGGAAAUAUUAUAACAGAACAUCCAUCUAAGUGCUUUUAUUUACAUUAUAGAACCUCAAGGUCCAUUGUUCUCAAAUGGAUCUUACCAGGAUCUGCUAAUUUUUUGUUAGUUUACCAAUUUUACCAGCACCCGUGAGAUUCGGGUAAAAGUGUGAUUAUAUCAACGCCAAUUUGUAUGUUGACAAUUCUUAAAACAACUUUAAAAUUAUCUAUUUUGGGUAUUGAUUUUGAACUUUAACCCAGAAUUGGCAUCACAAUUUCAGUAUAGACAGUUAUAGAUUGUUGUUGCUAGCAGCCCAUUGGAAUUGAUCAUCAUGAAAGCCAUGAAAACAGUCUGUAAAGCAUGUCAUUGUUAUGUUGUAUUCUCAAAACUGGCUUUAUUGUUCCCACCGCAAAGUCUCAGUUAACCAAGUGAGUUACCCUAAAGAUUAUAUUCCAUACCAAGAGUAUUUUUUAUGGCUGAGAUCUAAAUUUAGGUCUCUGAAACACUAAUAACACUACUUUAUCGAAUGAUGAACCUUGCUUCAGAUUUAAGAAUAGAUAAAAUGAUAUAAAAACUGUUCUUGAUCUAAAGCCUUUCUGGAAACCCAGAAUGCACAUGCACUGCAAUAAAUGACUUUUAGUUUUUAUUGCCUAAUGUCAUCUGAUGAGAGGCAUUUGUUUUAUCCUCAAUUUUGACUGUAAAAUGUCCACUUAAACUCAGGGUCAGCUUUCUCUAAACGAUAAUCUGCUUUUAGGAUAUAUAGGUAUAAAUGUCUAGAAAAAGAGCACAAAAUCUAGCUUAGAUUGCAAUUGUGAUAGUGUUCUUUCAAAUCUCCAGAGCAAUGUACAAUGUAAUUAUCUAUGUAAAUUUUCAUGUUUUGUAAAUUGCCUGACCAUGGGAAAGGACUUUCAUCAUGUGGAUAUUUUGUGUCCAAUCAAAUUGCUAAAAUUUGUUGCAAUAUGUUUUGAUCAAUCUUAUGUAACAAUAGAAAGAUUGUUUUGUCAAGUAGUGUAGACAGAUACAAAUAUUACCUUUAGCACAUUGGUAAAUGAGUAUAACCACAAUGUACCAUUGCUCAUUUACAUAAAUAUUAAUGUAUUUAGCCCGGAUUGCGAUUGUUAUAAAAUGAUGUCAACCACUCAACACUGUCAUGAAAAUGACAUCAUGAACAAAAGUGUCACCCUGAAACAAGACAUAUAUUUGUUUUGAUCUAAAUGAAUUAGAAUAGGAAACCUUGCUGUGUUUUGAAGAUUUGGAGGUAUUGUGAUUGGUUAUGCUGUCACAAGUACAAGAUAUACUUGCAACACAUUUUCACUUUUCAGCAGUAUAAUCACAAUACUGCCAAAAAUUGCAAAAUAAAGCACAGAGUUUGCCCCUAAUCAGGGAAGUAUUAUUCAAUGUCCCAUGGAUACUGGUAUUACUUUACCAUGGGUCACAUAAUGUGGUUUAUAUAAGCUUUAUAACCGGAGAAGUUAUACUGAAACACAGCCAACCUAGAGGUAAAGAAUUAUGUAGAAAAUAUUUGCAUUGUGCCAUACUAUUACGCUUUGUAAAUCUGAUGCUGCCGUCAGCAUUGCGUUGUAUAAGAAAUCUCUAGUUUUUUAUAGUGUUUAUUAAUUCAAGAUAUUUUCCUGUGAUGAUGUUUAAUUAUCAUUAAUUAAAUUUAUCUGUGAUCAUGAAUUAUUUGUUUUUCCUGUAGUUGUAUUAUCACUGUGUUUUUUAAACCUAUGCAUUCCUGUGUCUAAAGUGUUAGCCUCUCUCUUCAUCAUUUCACUUAUGUAAAAGCAUGUCAUAUUCUUACACAGCCUACAGGAAUUCCAUUUGUAAUGAAAUAAAAAGAAGAAGAAAUAA